AAACGCAGAAGAGAAGUUCAGAAAACCCUAAAAAUAUAAAAGGGGGCUUUUAAACGCAGAAGAGAAGUUCAGAAAACCCUAAAAAUAUAAAAGGGGGCUUUAGGCGCAGGCGUAGGUGUUGAGAAGCUUCAAUUGUUAGUGAAAAUGUCUGACGAAGAGCACCAAUUUGAAUCAAAAGCAGAUGCCGGAGCUUCCAAAACUUACCCUCAACAAGCUGGUACUAUUCGGAAGAACGGUUACAUUGUAAUCAAAGCUCGUCCUUGCAAGGUUGUGGAAGUCUCCACUUCCAAGACUGGCAAGCAUGGACACGCCAAAUGUCACUUUGUAGCAAUUGACAUUUUCACUGGCAAGAAACUUGAGGAUAUUGUUCCCUCUUCACAUAAUUGUGAUGUCCCCCAUGUUAAUCGUACAGAUUACCAGCUUAUUGACAUCUCCGAGGAUGGAUUUGUGAGUCUCCUCACUGACAGUGGUAAUACUAAGGAUGACCUGAGGCUUCCAACAGAUGAGAAUCUUCUCUCACUGAUCAAGGAUGGAUUCGCGGAGGGCAAAGACCUUGUUGUGUCUGUCAUGUCUGCCAUGGGAGAGGAGCAGAUUAAUGCACUGAAGGAUAUUGGUCCUAAGUAAGAUGUGCCAAGGGAGAGAAGGGACAUGACGGUACCAGCUUGUUCAAGAACAUCUACUUCUACUUUGCGUUCUUGAUACGCAAGCCCCCAAUUUCUAUUUGAUCCUAUAUCCAUAGUCCUCGAGUUAGAUUGUUGUUCUAAUAUUUGUUUGAAUUUAUCUGAUUACUUUAAACGUUUUCAAAUCUCCUUGUUCGAUGAGUUUAGUGGGUCAUUAUAGUAGAAGUAAUAAUUCAUUAACUUUCUGUAUUAAUAGUAUUCUGUUUGGUACAUCUUUGCAGUAGUUAUACGCUCUAAAA